CCAUGCAAAAUAUUAAUUCACAAAUCACAACAAUGGGUGCAAGCCCUGGCUCUGCUCGUUGGUCUCAUACUCUCAUUAAAUCCAAAAAGAGAGGUUUUGAGGAUGAGAUGCUCAACGUGAUGAAUGGUAUGAUUCAGUGUUAUUCCGACUCCAAGAGGCAAGAGAGCUAGCCUUAUGAGCUUUAACUGUUAGGAUUGCGAUUGCGAUUGCGUUUGUAAUACGAUAGCAUUGGGAACGAACCUGGGAAGGCAGAGCACAUAAUGGAACAAGGUGGUGAAAGUUCGAAAAGAUUAGGUUUUGUGAGUCAGGACAGGAUCAAUGAGUUGCCUGAUGCAUUGCUUCUCAAGAUACUCUCUUCGCUUCCAACAAAAACUGUGAUAGCCACAAGUGUUCUGUCUAAACGAUGGAGGUCUCUUUGGAAGUUGGUACCAAGGCUCGAUUUUGUAUCAUAUGGAAAUGGAAACAUACACAAAUUUGCUGAGAAUGUUACAAAGUUUUUGCUUUCACAUGAAGCUCCAGUUCUAGAGAGUUUGCAUCUGACACUUGGAGAUCAGUUUGAUGGUGUUUAUCUCGGAGUAUGGGCUACGAUUGCAUUUGCACGCCAUGUCCGUGAGUUCGUACUCGAUCUUUCCUUUUACCACCAUAGCUCGCGAGUCAGACUUCCAAGUAGCUUGUUUUGCUUUGAUACACUUGAGACCUUGAAACUCUUGAAUUACGUUCUUCUUGAUGUUCAUUCUCCGGUGUCUAUGAAGUCCCUUAGAACUCUUCACCUUCGAUCUGUGGUCUACAAUGGCGAUGAGUCUGUUCGUAACCUUUUCUCUAGCUGCCCUAAUCUUGAACAUUUGGUCGUCCAUCGAGGUUACUCUAACGAUUUUGUAGAGCGUUUCACCAUUGAUGCACCAUCUUUGAAGACACUAUCGCUUUACGAUUCCUAUAGGGCGGAAAAGAAUAGGGGAUAUGUGAUAAAGGCUCCUUCUUUGAGAUACUUGGAAAUUGAAGAUUCAAAAGGUUAUGAGUAUUUCCUGAUUGAGAAUGCAUCCGAGCUAGUUGAAGCCAGCAUUAGAAACGUUUCUGAAAUAGUCAAUGAGGAGAUUUUGGGAUCUGUCAAGUCAGUCAAACGUCUUUCCUUGGACUUGUCACCUUUGAAGAUUGCAUAUCCUACUGAAGUUAUGUACUAUCAGCUGGUACAUCUAGAGAUGUGUACACAUAAAUUGGAGUGGUGGAAUCUACUUACGCUCAUGCUUGAUAUCUCUCCUAAACUACGAGUCCUCAAGCUCAUUGAUCAUUGUACCAGUACUCGCCAUCAUAAUGUAGAAUUUGACAAACAAUAUUCGGACCAAGGGAAAUGGAAUCAACCAAAGUAUGUCCCUGAAUGUUUGCUGUCCCAUCUCGAGACAUUUGUGUGGAGAAACUGCAAUUGGGGAAGAGAAGAAGAGAAAGAAGUGGCUACUUACAUUCUAAGUAAUGCAACACAGCUGAAGAAGGCAACUUUCUCCAUGGAUCCCAUUGAAUCGAAAAGGCUCUGUAAGUUGGCAAGAAGACGAAGGAUGCGCAAUGAAUUGGAUGGUGUGGUCAGGGCUUCCAGUUCAUGCCACCUUGUUUUUGAAUUCGAAUGAUCACUUAGACUCAUUCUCGUCACUUGAGCUUUUACUACAUUUUGGUUUAUAAACAAAUUAGUUUUGUUUUGUCAGAUGCCAAAGAAAAACAUAUGAGUAUUAUAUUUUAGGUUAACUGUUUACUUUGAUUUA